GCUGUUAUAUUGAAUGACAUGAGAAUGGGCCUGAACAGCGCAAUGGCUGGCAGAGCGACUUCGAAGGCUUCGAUGCAGGACAGCUCAGGGGUCGGCCUCGGGCGCUGCGCCGAGCGCGCGGCCGCCCUGGCCAAAGCCAUCGCCAUCACCCAUUUGGAGAAGGACCAGAAACAUGCAUUGGAGACGAUGCUUUCCGCGACCGCUCCGAUCGUGAAUCCGCCACGCCACGUCGCGGCGCGCAAGUGCGACGAGACGCCGAUGGGUCUCUCAGUGAACGGCGGCUUCAAACCUCAUAUUCGUCGAGCGUCUCAUCAGCCCGCUGCUGGCGGCCACCGGAUAGCACCCCGCCAGACGGGCGCUCCCCAUGCGCGGGGCAAGCAGAGGCUGGAGAGAAGAGCGAUCCAGUUGCUGCAGAGCGCUGCGAGAUGUGGGGACCUGUUGACGUCAAGGUGCUUCAAGGUCUUUGGAAUCGUUGGCCAGUCCAUUUCUGCGCUGCAGCGGCUGGGCCGCAACGCUGGGGGGCGCCUCCUGGAAGCGGACCGGCAGCGCAGCAGUGCAGUUGGGUGGCCUGCGCGCGGUUUCCAGUCAAAUACGCGGGUGCCCAUCCUGGACAGCGCCGGGCCUAACCGCCGAUGCGAGGCGCAA